AUGGAAGUCACCAAACUGAAGGAAAUAAAAAGGGAAGAGAGCACAGGGAGGAGGAAAGUAGCUCCCACUGGAGUAUCUCCCACUGAAGUAGAAGAAGGAAGGGGGAGAAGUAUGCCCGAAUGUGUAAUAAUGCAGUCAAAAGCGAAACAGACUUCUUACAUCAAGGAAGAGGAGACAGACGAUGUGUUGUCACAUGGUAAGAGUAGCAAUAUGAAGAAACUCUUUAACGGAAUCCUAGGGAACCAAAUGAAACAUGCCAAAAAUGUUAUCGAAGGAGUGAAGGAACACCUAAAGUGCACAGCAAAGGAAGCAUCCAAAAAUAUGAAUUACCCAUUCUGCAAAUCUCCUUGCAAUAUUGAUGAUCUUAAAAAUACCAUCUACAUCAACGAGGGGGAAAUCAUCAUCAGAAAAGACGCGUAUAAGAACCUAUUCAGCAGUGGGAGGAGGGACAACAGGGACAGCAGGGAUAACAGAGACGCGAAGAACACACCAGAUGUAAAGAAAAACUCAAAUGAAGACAUCUUUUCUUGCAACACGAGGGACAUAACCUUUCGGGGGAAUCACAACUUUGGGUUUCACGUCCAACUCUCUUGUGAUGAAGAAGGGAAUAAAAUUAUUGCCUAUGCGUACGAUAGGGAUACUAGGAGAAGGAUUCCUUGUGUUUAUCGAUGGACACGCAUCUACUGUGAUAAAAGGUGCAACGAGGUAAGUCGCAGUUUUGCAGACUCGGCCAUCGUUGCGGGGGGUGCCAGCAGUGAAUCGAUUGACACGGCUGGGAGUGCUAGAGGUGGAGGGAGUUCUAGAGAUGGAGGAAGUUACUCAGAUGGGAGGAGCCACCCUGAAAUAGCGCAGUACGACAGCGUGUAUGAACUAACUUGUGACGACAUAGGACUCAAAAUCUGUGUCGAGUGUUCCUACGUUAACGAUGGACAGUUGGAAGGAGGCACCCGGUGUAGGUAUCCUCGGAACAGCGCGGGGACCUCGCUAGGGAGUCCACACGAGAGCGAUCGGGGUGACGACAGUAGACAUGUCGAUAGUAAACGUGUCGACCAGUCGCUGCGCAGUGAUGUGGAGCUAUAUAACGACGCUUCCUCGUUUAAGGAUAGCUUCACCGAUAGUAAUGAUCGAGACGGAUCGGAGGUGCAUUCACUUCAUCACAUGAGGCCGUUCCGACGUGGAGAUCGAAGCAGUGGUCCGUCCCGCUCGUCCAGUCGAGUCCCUCCCGAGAGCACCAACCAUCAUAUGAGUAGAACAAACGAAAGAGGAGACCUCCACAGCAACAACAUUAAGAAAGAACACUUCACGUUAGAUCCGUACGAAUCAUCCGUAAAGGAAAGGAAUCCCAUAUGUGCUCCCCCCCAAACGAGUGUCAAUCCCUCCAAUAGCUUCCCCCCCAAUGGGAAGUACUCCGGAGUGGCAGUAGCCGAAGUGGGACCAUUCAGUCUGAACGAAAAAACGAAGAAUAUGCUCCAAACGGUGAUACAGAAUGACAUUAUAAGGUAUCCAAUAUAUGUUUUCCGGAAGAGCACCCAAACUGAGGACAAGGAGGGGAAGCCCUAUGGAGGGGACCACCCAUUUAAUCUCCUUAUUCCUCCAACUGCGAAGCAGACAGCAGAACGUUUCGACGCGUACAACGACUGCACCAGUGUCGAUGAAAACAACCUCAGCUCAAACGUGGAGAGUGAACAAGACGAUCCGCUACACAUGCUGCACAUACACAAAAAUGAGAUCAAGCUUGUCAGUCAAAGUAACGUCAACACGCAGAUAUGGACCUACAAAUUCAGUGAUGUAUAUCCUUAUGUCGAGUUUAUUCGCCGUGCGGAUAGCGGAAACGAUGAGUUUUUUCUCCACACGAGCGAUUCAGAAUACUAUUUCUGCAAGUGUCUACAGAAAAGGCAUCGAGAUUUUAUUGCCAUCAUCCUGAGGUACAUGCACGCCAAUCUGCAGAUCCUAAACGACUACAUUUUUAACAAUAUCAAUCAGAGCUUCCAAAAUAAAAGAGCCAAAAAUAUAUUUGACAAUGUAGACGUGAAUGCCAUCCUGGAAAAUGUCAACAGAGAGCUUCUAACGAAUAGGAAGCUCAAUCAUAAGUACCUGCAGAAGAUAAAGAAACUUCGUGGAGAGAAAAAUAUGCUCGAGGAGGAUCUUAAGAAUACUAUCGAAGCGUUCCAGACUCAGCUUGACACGGUUAAGCGGUUCAAAGAUGAGAACGAGCUAAUCAAAACGAAUGAACACCUGAUGAAGGAAAUAAAGCUCUUACAGGAUAAGUACAAAAAUGUGGACUUGUUUUUUAAGGACAAGUACAAGCUCUUAUUGAACGAUAUCGAACGGUAUAAGAAGUUGGUGGACGAAAAAAAGACAAAGGCCAUCGCGCAGGAAGCAGAAACGCUACGGGCCAAACUGGAGGCCCUUGAGCAGGAAAAGAACGAGCUGCGAAGAGAGACCGUUAAGAUAAACUGCUAUUACCAGGAAGAGAAAAGAAGCAAAACGGAGCUGGAGAGUCGCCUCGAAGAGCUGAGUUUGAAGAUGGAGAGUCUGAACAAAUCACUGGAGGAAGAGAAAAGCAAAGGGAAAAGCACCUCCGGGUGCAUGAAGGAAAUAGAAGAGCUGAGAAAAAACAACAUAAUGCUGCACCAGAAAAAUGUAGCCAUAUCGGAUCAGCUGAACCUUCUCGUCACGGAGAAAAACAGACUCUCCAAGAUGGUUGACUCGCUCACCAAGGACAUUGAGAAGGCCAAAACGAACCGACGUGUUCGAAGCGCGGAGAGCCAGAAGAAAGACCCUAAGCCCCUCCCCAGUGAUGCCCCCCCAAACCAAAGCCUUAAACUCAGCGAGGAAGACAACCACCGGAAGCUACUCAAAGAAGUCGCAUCCCUACGGGGAGAGAACGAACUUUUAAAAAAACGAAUAAAAAAGUUUGCCAAAUUUAAUUCUAUGGCUUGA